CUUGAGAAUCAAGGUGGAGACGGAACUGCAUUGACUCACUGGGAAAAACGAGUGUUUGAGAAUGAGGCCAUGACCGGCACGCAUACUCAAAAUCCCGUUUACUCUCGGAUAACGCUGGCAUUGUUAGAGGACAGCGGAUGGUACAAACCAAAUUAUGAAAAUGCUGAGGAACUCCACUGGGGUCGAAAGCUAGGAUGUGACUUUGCACGGAAAAGCUGUGGUGAAUGGAUCAACAAUAAGAUUGAGAAGGGAGAAAUGCCAACUCCAUUCUGUAAUGAAAUCAAACAUGAUGGAAGAAAAUCAUUAGCUGUUACUAGAUGUACUUCUCAACGCGAUUCGCUGGCCCUCUGCAAUCUCGUGCCAUACAGAAAGGAGUUUGAAUGGAAGCUCCCCAACACUACGAUAAGACGCGAUUCGCGUUGUGAGCUUGAAGGAAAUAACCGUGAAGGAGAAGAUAUUCUAGAGGUUUAUGGGUCAUCUUCACGUUGCCUUGAUUUCAAACAACCGUGGCGGGAACGGAAGUGUGGCCGAGUUCGGUCUUUAUCACAUUACAUGGCUGGAUGCUAUGAGCAUCUCUGUCAGAAUGGCACCCUAUUCAUAGCUGUCCACGAUUCCCCUUUAUACCCAUGCUAUUAUGAAGGACAACAUGUGCAUAUCAAGAGGAUCACCGAUGGAUGGUUACGUGAAGGAGUGAUUGUAUGUCCGGCUUGCGAAGAGUUUUGCUCGCAGUGCAAGAAGGUACAGGUGCAAUCGGACACUUAUAUAGGUGACCCGGAUCUAGAUGAGCCAUGUGCUAGCUCUACAUCACUAUUAUGGAUCUCGCUCAUCGUUAUGCUCUACAGAAUAUUGAAUAACGUACUUUAA